UAUCUCCCACUCUGUCAUCUUUUCUCUGGAUGUCCCUUUCCUGGUGUCUCCCCCACUCCCUACCCCCACCCCCCACAGGGUUGCUUUUUGUGACCAGCAUUGAUAGUUCAAACCAUGACCAGAUCGUGUAUAAAACUUUGGAUCCCGUUGACCGGCUCUCAAGACCAGCCGGAGACUUGGCCCUGAAUAGCUACUUAGGUUUCUCCAUUGACUCUGCGAAGGGUCUGGUGCGUGCAGAGGAGCUGAGCUUUGUUGCAGGGGCCCCCCGUGCCAACCACAAGGGUGCUGUGGUCAUUCUGAGCAAGAACAGUGCCAGCCGCCUGGUGCCCGAGGUUGUGCUGUAUGGGGAGCGUCUGACCUCUGGGUUUGGGUACUCAUUGGCGGUGGCUGAUCUCAACAAUGAUGGCUGGCAAGACCUGAUCGUGGGUGCCCCCUAUUUCUUUGAGCGCCAAGAAGAGCUGGGAGGUGCCGUGUAUGUGUACAUGAACCAAGGAGGUCACUGGUCAGGGGUUUCCCCACUCCGGCUCUGUGGCUCCCCCGACUCCAUGUUCGGGAUCAGCUUGACUGUCCUGGGGGAUCUCAACCAAGAUGGCUUCCCAGAUAUCGCGGUGGGAGCUCCCUUUGAUGGGGAUGGGAAAGUCUUUAUCUACCAUGGGAGCAGCCUGGGGGUUGUCACCAAACCUUCACAGGUGCUGGAGGGAGAGUCCGUGGGCAUCAAGACUUUAGGCUACUCCCUGUCGGGCGGCCUGGAUGUGGAUGGGAACCACUACCCGGACCUGCUGGUGGGCUCACUGGCAGACACUGCCAUACUAUUCAGGGCCAGACCUGUCCUCCAUGUUUCCCAUGAAAUCUUCGUGGCUCCACCGGCCAUCGACCUAGAACAGCCCAACUGUGCUGGUGACCGCUUAGUCUGUGUAGACUUGAGGAUCUGUUUUAGCUACAUUGCAAUGCCCAGCAGUUACAGCCCUAUUGUGGCCCUGGAUUAUAUGCUAGAUGGGGACACAGACCGGAGGCUCCGGGGUCAGGUUCCUCGUGUGAUCUUCCUGAGCCGUAGCCCUGAUGACCCCAAGCACCAGGCCUCAGGCACUGUGUGGCUGAAGCACCAGCAUGACCGAGUCUGCGGAGAUGCCAUGUUCCAGCUACAGGAGAAUGUCAAAGACAAACUUCGAGCCAUUGUGGUGACCUUGUCCUACAGUCUCCAGACCCCUCGGCUCCGUCAACAGACUCCUGGCCAAGAGUUGUUCCCAGUGGCACCUAUCCUCAAUGCCUACCAGCCUAGCACCCAGCGAGUGGAGAUCCACUUUCUGAAACAAGGCUGUGGUGAAGACAAGAUCUGUCAGAGCAACCUGCAGCUGGUUCAGGCUCGCUUCUGUACCCGGGUCAGCGACACAGAGUUCCAGCCCCUGCCCAUGGAUGUAGAUGGGACAACAGCCCUGUUUGCAUUGAGUGGACAGCCCGUUAUCGGCAUGGAGCUGAUGGUCACCAACCUGCCCUCGAACCCAGCCCAGCCCCAGGCUGAUGGGGAUGAUGCUCAUGAAGCCCAACUCCUGAUCACCCUCCCUUCCUCACUGCACUACUCAGGAGUCCGAGCCCUGAACUCCGCGGAGAAGCCACUCUGCCUGUCCAAUGAGAAUGCCUCCCAAGUCGAGUGUGAGCUGGGGAACCCAAUGAAGAGAGGCGCCCAGGUCACCUUCUACCUCAUCCUCGGCACCUCUGGGAUCACCAUUGAGACCUCAGAGCUGGAGGUGGAGCUGCAGUUGGCCACGAUCAGCGAGCAGGAGCUGCAUCCGGUCUUCGCUCGAGCCCACGUCUUCAUUGAGCUGCCGCUGUCCAUUGCAGGGGUGGUCACACCCCAGCAACUCUUCUUCUCUGGUGUGGUGAAGGGUGAGAGUGCCAUGCGGUCUGAGCGGGAUGUGGGCAGCAAGGUCAAAUAUGAGGUUACGGUCUCCAACCAAGGCCAAUCCCUCAACACGCUGGGUGCUGCCUUCCUCAACAUCAUGUGGCCUCACGAGAUUGCCAACGGGAAGUGGCUGCUGUAUCCCAUGCGGGUGGAGCUGGAGGGAGGGCAGAGGCUGGGGCAGAAAGCGCUCUGCUCCCCCAGGCCCAACAUCCUUCACCUGGAUGUGGAUAGCAGGGAGAGGAGGCGGCGGGAGUUAGAGCCGCCAGGGCAGCAGGAGCCUCAGGAGCAGCUAGAGCCUAGCACAUCCUGGUGGCCAGUGUCCUCUGCUGGGAAGAAGAAAAACAUCACCCUGGACUGUACCCGGGGCACGGCCAACUGUGUGGUGUUCAGCUGCCCACUCUAUAGCUUCGACCGAGCGGCAGUGCUGCAUGUGUGGGGCCGCCUGUGGAACAGUACCUUUCUGGAGGAAUACUCAACUGUGAAGUCCCUUGAAGUGAUUGUUCGAGCCAACAUCACCGUGAAAUCCUCCAUCAAGAACUUGGUGCUCAGAGAUGCUUCUACAGUGAUCCCAGUGAUGGUGUACUUGGACCCCAUGGCUGUGGUAGCAGAAGGAGUCCCCUGGUGGAUCAUCCUCCUGGCCGUGCUGGCUGGGCUGCUGGUACUGGCACUGUUGGUGCUGCUGCUGUGGAAGAUGGGAUUCUUCAAGCGGGCGAAGCACCCCGAGGCUACCGUGCCCCAGUACCACGCAGUGAAGAUCCCUCGGGAAGAUCGACAGCAGUUCAAGGAGGAGAAGACGGGCACCAUCCUGAGAAGCAGCUGGGGCAGUCCCCGCAGGGAGGGUCCUGACACACACCCCAUCUUGCCUACCGAUGGACAGUCUGAACUGGGCCCUAAUGGACAUCCCGUGCCAGCCACCGCCUAGCUUCCUUUGACCCAUGCUGGCCAGAGGUUUCCUUUACCCCUUCUCAAGUGGCUCCCCAGAAUGAAGAAGGUGGAGGGGAUUGCUGGGGUGGUAACAGGACUCGGCAGGGCCUGCUUCCUCAAGGGGUGCAGACCUCUCCCACCCAGGAGAACCAUCCCUCCCCUUUAGAAUGCUAUGGAACAAGAGGGGGGUCAGUCAGGGGAGGACCGUGGACAGGGCAGGAAGGGGAAGGAGGCCCUGAUAGAAGGUGGGAAGAGGGGAUCCCAGUCUUCCCUCUUCCAUUCACCCCGACCUCUCUCUCUUCCCAUUACCCUAGUAACCUGUCUCCCCCAAAGUGCCUUAGCCAGAGGGUCAGGGAGGAGAUUGUGUUGUGGACUCAGGGGCUCCUUCCUUCCAAUUUCCCCUCUCCUCUCACCUUAGUUUGCCGCAUUAGUCUAGUUGGUUUUGUUUAUUUAUUAAAAAAAAUUGGAAGAAAAAAAAUAGCCCUCUGGCUUCUUUAUUGUGUAAUAGUCCUUCACCCUCUGGUACCCUGGCAUCUUAGGACAAAGGUGGUGGGGGGUGAGGUAGGCUCAUGUGGCCUAGGAUCCAUGUAUCAUGACUUUUGGGACCAGUUCCCUGGGGCAAUGACUUCGGGGGCCAGUUCCAAGGGGUAUGUGGGUAUAACUUCAGGAGGUGGGCAGGAGAAACUGUUCUGUGGGGUGUGGAAAAGGGAUGGGGAAGUGGGUGGGCAAAAUUCAAGAAUUUGCAAUUGAGAGUUUGGCCAGGUGAGGCUGGGUUUUAGAGGCUUCCACCUGUAAUCCUAGAUGUGUAGGGUGCUGAGAUCGGAGGAUCAUGGUUCAAAGCCUGUCCAGGCA